CGGGCGCCAUUGUCUGUCUCGCCCCAGGGGGGAGAGAACUCUGGAGCCUCCAGGUCGGCGCGGGGUUGCAGAGGGCGGGGCCUGGAAUCUGCGCUGGCCGGGGCGGCGGCGGAGCCCCUGCAGUAAGCGGACACAUAAUUUUCAAAACAGCCAAUAGGAAGGAAAUGUUUAUAUUCACUCAAAAAUGUCCCAGGUUCAUCAAGAUUAUAUCCGAGUCACCAAUGGACAGGUGAUUCCUGAGCUGCAAGCUAAGUUCUCUUAGGCCUUCUGUCUUCCAUCUUUCCCUCUUCUGGCUUCAUAGUGUCUGUCAUUUUUCAAGAGCAGCAGAAAAUGAACAAAUUCCGGGGACCAGUAACAUUCAAGGAUGUUACUGUGGAAUUCACCAAGGAGGAGUGGCAAUUACUGGACGCUGCUCAGAGGACCCUGUACAGGGAAGUGAUGCAGGAGAACUAUGGUCACCUACUCUCAGUGGGUUACUGUGUGAAUAAGUCAAAAACAAUCUUCAAGUUGAAGCAAGGAAAAGAGCCAUGGAUAUUAGAAAUAGAAUUUCCACGUCGGAACUCCCCUGAAGACCUAUGGAAUACUCAGGACCUAGGAGCAAGACACCAGGAAAGUCAAGCUGUAAAUUCAAGGAAUGGAGAACUCACAGAACAUCAGAAAACUCCUAACAGAGAGAAAACCUACAAAUGUAAUGAAUGUGGAAAGUCCUUCUGCCAGGAGUCUGCCCUCAUGGUACAUCAGCAUACUCAUUCAAAGGAGAAACCCAGUGAAUGUGGGAAAUCCGUCUCUAGGAAUGGAGACCUCACAAAACAUCAGAAAACUCAUACCAGAGAGAAAGCCUACGAAUGUAAAGAAUGUAAGAAAACUUUCUACCACCUGUCAUCUCUUAGUAGACAUCUGAGAACUCAUGCAGGGGAGAAACCCUAUGAAUGUAAUCAGUGUGAGAAAUCCUUCUACCAGAAGCCACACCUCAUGGAACAUCAGAAAACACACACAGGAGAGAAACCCUACGAAUGUACUGAAUGUGGGAAGUUCUUCUAUGUUAAGGCAUACCUCAUGGUACAUCAGAAAACACACACAGGGGAGAAACCCUUUGAAUGUAAGGAAUGUGGGAAAUCCUUUUCCCAGAAAUCACACCUCACAGUACAUCAGAGAACACAUACAGGGGAGAAACCCUAUAAAUGUAAGGAAUGUGGGAAAUUCUUCUCUAGAAAUUCCCACCUCAAAACUCAUCAGAGAACUCACACAGGAGAGAAACCCUAUGAGUGUAAGGAAUGUGGGAAAUGCUUCUACCAGAAGUCAGCUCUCACAGUACAUCAGCGAACUCACACAGGGGAGAAACCCUUUGAAUGUAAGAAAUGUGGAAAAAACUUUUACUAUAAAUCAGACCUCACUAAACAUGAGAGAAAACACACAGGGGAGAAGCCCUAUGAAUGUAAUGAAUGUGGGAAAUCCUUCUCUGUGAAUUCAGUCCUCAGAUUACAUCAAAGGACUCAUACAGGAGAGAAACCCUAUGAAUGUAAGGAAUGUGGGAAAUCUUUCUCUCAGAAGUCACAUUUUAUCAUACAUCAGCGAAAACACACAGGGGAGAAACCCUAUGAAUGUCAGGAGUGUGGGGAAACUUUUAUCCAGAGAUCAAAGCUCACUGCACAUCAGAAGACACACACAAAGGGGAAAACCUUAUAAAUAGUGUGAAUUGGGAAAUUCUUCUCUCUGAAUUUAUCCUUCAGAAUAACCAGAUAAUUCACACAAGACAAAAACCUUAUGACUAUCAUCAAUAUGGGGAAAUUUUAGUUACAAUCUUUCUUCACAGAGAGGAAACAGAGAAAAAUUCUGUAAAUCUAUAAGGGAGAAAUUUUUACCAUAUGUCAGACUUUACUAAAUAUCAGACAACAGAGAUGGGAGAAACACCACAAAUUGUAAAACAUGAGGGAAACCUUUCAGAAGUCAUACUUUAUAAUAUAGAAAUCACAUAGGAGAGAAAUAAUCCUGUAAGUAAAAUGAAUGUCAGGAAGUUUUCUGUCAGGGCAGCCAUCACUAGACAUCCAAAAGCUCACACCAGUGAGAAACUCCUAUCAGUAUCCUGAGCAUUCAGUAAUCUUUCUACACCAGCUUGACUCAUAUUAGAAUGCUCAAAGGGGAUUAAUCAAAGAUUGCGACAGAUACAGAAGCCUUUAUCGUGGAGUGAUAUUUCAGUGAAUGCUGGAUCAUUGAUACUGGGAUAGAACCUUUAUAGAUAUUUUAAAUAUCUGAAAGUUUUUAAACAAAAAUUCAAAGAGAAUCUUGACUGAGGGAAAGUUAUACAGGCACACCUUGGAGAUAUUGUGGGUUUGGUUCCAGACCACCACAGUAAAGCAAAUAUCUCAAUAAAGUGAGUCACACAAAUUUUUUAGUUUCCAGUGCAUAUAAAAGUUAGUUUAUGGUGUA